CGUGUCGCUGGGACGGGGGAGGUGGGUGGGGGGCAAAGGUUGUUCCUUUCCCGACACGCCCCGCGGCCCAGGCGUCGAAGCCGGAAGCGCGGCGCCUACGUGUCGGCGCGGGAGCGAUGGACGCCGGGGCCGCGGUGGCGCCCCGCAGGCUCUGCCUGUUUGACGUGGACGGGACGCUGACGGCCCCGCGGCAGGCGAAUCCUUCUACAACCUGCGCUCUGGCAUCCCACCCCUGCAGGGCCGAGGGGGAGCGGCUCCCUGAGGCCUGGCGAGGCAGUGGGCUUGUCUCGGAGGCUUGAUCUCUCUCCUGCGAGGAUGCCAGCCCUCUCCUGGUCUGCCCUCUUUGCCGCCGCUCUUCCUUCCUGGGCUGCGGCCUCCCGGGGGGGAGGAAGGCCAGCAGAGGAUCACCACGGAAAUGGAGGCCUUCCUGCAGACCCUGCGGCGGAAGGUCAAAAUCGGGGUUGUAGGCGGAUCGGACUUUGGGAAGAUGCAGGAGCAGCUGGGAGACGACGUGGUUGAGAAAUACGAUUACGUGUUCCCGGAGAACGGCCUGGUCGCCUACAAGGACGGGAAGCUGCUGGGGAGACAGAACAUUCAGAGCCACCUGGGCGAGGCCCUGGUCCAGGACCUCAUCAACUACUGCCUGAGCUACAUCGCGGGCAUCAAGCUCCCGAAGAAGAGGGGCACCUUCAUCGAGUUCCGCAGCGGGAUGCUGAACGUGUCCCCGAUCGGGAGGAGCUGCAGCCAGGAGGAGCGCCUCGAGUUCACGGAGGUGGACAAGAGAGAGAACAUCAGAGAGAAGUUCGUGGCGGAGCUGCGGAGAGAGUUCGCCGGGAGGGGAGUGACCUUCUCCAUAGGCGGCCAGAUCAGCAUCGACGUCUUCCCCGAGGGCUGGGACAAGCGCUACUGCCUGGGCCACGUGGAGCAGGACGGCUUCCAGGCCAUCUACUUCUUCGGGGACAAGACCAUGCCCGGCGGCAACGACUACGAGAUCUUCUCGGACCCCCGGACAAUCGGCUACACGGUGUCGGCGCCCGAGGACACGCGCAGGAUCUGCGAGGGGCUCUUCUGAGGGCCCCGCCCGCACCUCACUUCAGACCCCAGCAGGGCUGGGGCCCGGGCGGCCAGGACCAGGACCAGGCGCCCCACAACGGUUCAGUGCCCUCGGGCAGGGGCGAGUGGCCCCUGGGCGCGGCAGCUGGCCCGCCCCGCUGUGCCCGCACAUUAAAGCCCUCGGGUCGCUUUCCCGCCU